AUGCAACAAACCUCUGCCGACGAGAGCUUUGCUCAUCUGAGCCGCCUGUCGCAAAAGGUUGGCGUACAAGCGACCCUCAUCCUCUCCCGCGAGACUGGUGCCAUUGUCCGUUCUGCUGGUUUGGUCUCGCGCGAUGACUCUGCAAACUCAGAGAGCACUCUACCUGCUUCUAACGGCCUCACUGAUGAUCGCACGGACGGCGCCAUGCCAAAUGCUGAGCACGUCGCUGAAGUGGUCUGGAAGUUUGCAAAAGCUGCUGGCGAUAUGCUGCAAGACUUAUCGAACUUGCCUGAUGACGACGUGAAGCUACUCAGACUACGUUCAAAGAACAAGGAAUAUGUGAUUUUCCCAGAUGCCAAAUUUAUCGCAGUGGCUAUUCACAACACUCCACCAGCAUGA